AUGUCACCCAUUUCACCCACGGCGGCUCCCACAGUUCUUGCCCCAGCGCACAGUCUAAGUCCCUCCACGCCCAUUCUGGCCCAGGGAACACCACCUGCCCCAGCAUUGGGUGGACUCUUUUGUGGAGGCAACCCGGCUCCAAGUGGAAUGGGAGGAGUAGGAGCAGGAGCAGGGCCCGGGUCAGCAGCUGCUGCUGCAGCCACAAAUCUCAAUGCCCUGGCCUCCCAGCACAGACUACUGGAGUUGUCCCGGUUUGGACUGAGAGGAUACGACCUGGCCCAGCACAUGCUGUCCCAGCAAGGAGCAGUGUCCAAGCUGUUAGGCACUCUGAGACCUCCUGGCCUAAUAGGAGGCUCCAAGCCCAAAGUGGCCACCCCAACAGUAGUCUCCAAAAUCGAGCAGUACAAGCGCGAGAACCCGACCAUCUUCGCGUGGGAAAUCCGGGAGCGACUGAUCACCGAAGGUGUAUGCACCAAUGCCACCGCUCCCUCCGUAAGCAGCAUAAAUAGAAUCCUACGGAAUAGAGCGGCGGAACGGGCGGCGGCGGAGUUUGCCCGAGCAGCCAGCUACGGCUACGCAAUGCAUCCCACCCACCCUCACCCGUACACCAGUUUUCCCACCUGGCCAACGCAUCAUCCGCUGUGGAGUGCCGUGCCCCUGCCCGCCGGAACGGGAGCACCGACCUCGGGGGUAGGUGGCUUGCCGCCUGGAAGCAGCAGUGGCUAUGGCAGCGAAGGAAACGUCAGCUCGAAUCCCAACAGCAACGGCAACAACAACACCAAUAGCGGUAGUGUCUGCGGGGAUAGCAGUGCGGGCAGUGGACGGUUCUCCUUGCCGGCCCUUUCUCCCGACUCCGGAAGCAGGGACAGUCGAUCGCCGGAUGGGGAAGCAAACAGGAUGAUAGACAUCGAGGGCGAGGACAGCGAGUCGCAGGACAGCGAUCAGCCAAAGUUCCGGCGGAACAGGACUACCUUCAGCCCGGAGCAGCUGGACGAGCUGGAGAAGGAGUUCGAAAAGUCGCACUAUCCGUGCGUCAGCACCCGCGAGAAGCUGGCCGGUAGGACCGCCCUCAGCGAGGCGAGGGUUCAGGUUUGGUUUUCCAACAGACGAGCGAAAUGGCGGCGCCAUCAGCGGGUCAACUUGCUCAAGCAGCGCGACUCGCCCUCGACCUCGAGCUCACCCACGCCGGCUUUCGCCGGGGCUCCGGCGGCCAGCAAAGCUCCGGCUCCGGCUCCGGCUCAGGCCCAGCUUCCGGAAUCUGGCCACCACCCACUCCAGGCGAUCAGUUCCCAGUUUACCAAUCCCGGGGCCUACUACCACACCAGCAGUUCCACCUGUCCCCCAGCCACUAUGCCAGCCUGCAACAGUCGCGCGGAAGAGCCCCAGGCAUCGGCCCAGCCACCGCUGGUGACUCCACCAACAGCAGCACCCCUGGCAGCGGCCCUGCUGCCUGCCUCAACCACAGCAUCAGCUCCAUUAUCAAUGGGCGGUGAGAACAGCGCCUUCCGCAGCCUGCCCAUGCCCAUGCCCAUGUCGAUGUCCAUGCCCCCCGCCUCGGCGGCGGCCUUCGCUCUGACCUUUGCCCGCCAGUACAUAGCCAAGUACAUGGCCUCGCCCAUGAAUCUGGGGGGACGGGCCAACCCGGAGGAGCACUCCGAAGAGGAGCCGGUGGACGAAGAGGACGAGGUCAUAAACGUGGAGCACGACGCCGAGUGA